AUGACAGCAGUUGGUAUUGACGUGGGAACUGGUUCUGUUCGAGUAUACUGCGAGAAUAAAGAUACUAUCCAGACGUACGAAGCCGAAAUUGCCACAACUCACAAUGCAAAUUUCAUAACCCAAUCUUCUAAGGAAAUCUUCACCAAAAUCCUAGACCUCUUUGCCAGACUCAAUAUAGACCAUGUUUCGGGAAUUUCAACUACAGCCACAUGCUCAAUGGUUGUUCUACAGAAAAUGGAGGUAAAUGGUUCUACUUUCUUGAAACCUUUUUCACAAAUAUCAGGCAUUUCUGAUACUAAUGGCCCAAUCCCAAAUCAAGAUGUCUUUCUAUGGAUGGAUGGUAGAGCAUUCAAACAAACAGAUAGAUACAACCAAAGACUUAGAGAUACGAAAUUCUCGUCAAGUGUUGGAGGCAAGUUUGUGCCUGAGUUGGGAGUACCAAAACUCAAGUGGCUAAGUGAUAAUUUUCCAGAAUCAAAUUUAGUCUGUUUUGAGCUUUACGAUUGGAUAAAUUACCUUUUGCUAGUUGGUGGAUUUCUGGAAAAGGAACUUGUAGAAUAUAGACCUCGCAAAAAAGAUUUCAACAACGAUAGCUCGGCUAUGGAUGGCUCUAUAAAGGGCUGGCUGAAACAGACAUUGACUUCUGUGUUUGAGAUAAGCAAGAAUAUCGAAAUAGGCGGAGCCGAUUUCGACGUAGCUACAGAGUUCUUGCUUCCUGUUGGCUAUCCUUUAGGAACUGUUCACAAAGCUUUUGCCUUCAAAGAUGCCGUUGUAGGAAACGGUUGUAUAGACUGCUAUGCUGGCUGGCUCUCUACGAUUGUAGCUCCAGAGAACCGACUUGGUCUAACUGGUGGUCAAUUAUCAAUGAUAGCUGGAACAUCCACCUGCUUUCUACUCGCAUCCGAGUGUACCUCACCUAUCACGGGAGUCUGGGGCCCAUACGAUAAGUUACUUCCAAAUGUUCAAAUGUAUGAGCUUGGCCAGCCCGCUACUGGAAAAUUGUUUGAGAAACUCUUUUCUAAGUUUGACAAGCUAAUCCAGGAUAAACUUGGAGACAAAGCUACUAUCCGCAACUACUUCUACUACGGCGAUGUGUUUGGCAAUCGUAGCCCAUUAAGCGACUUCACCAUGAGUGAAAUGGUUAUUGACGGCUACAACUAUGAUUGCAAAUUAGCACCGAUAAUCGACAGCCACGACAAAGUAGCCAGUUUAGUUAUCCGCUACAAUUUGAUACUAGAAUUCUUGUGUUUCCAGACGAAACACAUCAUUGAGGUUCUUUCGCAACCAGAGCAAAUAAACAUAACCGAGAUUGUAGUCAGUGGGUCUCAAGCCAACAACAGACGGUUUCUACAGCUUCUCAGUGAUAUCACCAAUUUAAAGGUCACAAAACUCUGCGAAAAGUCCAAGUACUCUGUGGCCAAAGGCGCCUCAAUCAUGGCGGAAGCUGGAACAGGCUUGAUGCAAGAGAAGAACGCGGCGAAUAUUGAUGCAGAUAGUUAUGCACGAAAGUACGAAAUCUACAAGGACAUGGCCAAAGUCCAAGCCAAAUAUCGAGAGUUGGUGAAUAGCGAUUGA